CCCAGUCAUUUGCGGUAAAGCUGUGUUUUACGAUACUUCUAAAUGUCAAGAAGGCAGCACAGGUCCACCCGGUUGUGCUGUGAUAUUGAGAGAGGUCAUACAUCUUCGACAAAACAAACCAGGAAAGCCAGGAUGUCUGAAGAGCUGUCUCUCAACAUAAACAUCAAAGAGCCAAGAUGGGACCAAGGAACAUUUAUGGGGCGUGCCAAGCAUUUCUUCAUGGUCACAGAUCCCAGGAAUGUCCUGCUGUCCUCUGAGACUCUGGAGGACGCCAGAGUGACCAUGGAGAACUACAGAGCCGGGGUUGUGAAGCCUGGCCUGACGGAGGAUGAGCUCUGGAGAGCCAAGUACAUUUAUGACUCCGCCUUUCACCCCGACACAGGGGAGAAGAUGUUUGUGAUUGGCCGGAUGUCCGCUCAGGUGCCAAUGAACAUGUCCAUCACAGGCAGCAUGCUCACCUUCUACAGGACUACUCCAGCAGUGGUGUUCUGGCAGUGGGUUAAUCAGUCCUUCAACGCUGUCGUCAACUACACCAACCGCAGUGGGGAUGCCCCCAUGACCGUGAAUCAGCUUGGUGCAGCCUACGUCAGUGCUACUACUGGAGCUGUAGUUACUGCCCUGGGACUCAAAUCUCUAGCUACGCGUCUCCCUCCAAUCAUGAGCCGGUUUGUCCCCUUUGCUGCUGUUGCUGCUGCUAACUGUAUCAACAUUCCCUUUAUGAGACAGAGGGAGUUGAAGUACGGGAUCCCUGUGAUGGAUGAGAAUGGAAACAGAUUAGGAGAGUCGCCCAAUGCUGCCAAGCAGGCCAUCAUACAGGUGGUGGUGUCAAGGAUCGGCAUGGCAGUGCCAGCUAUGGCCAUUCCCCCUGUCAUAAUGAAUGCUCUGGAGAAGAAAGCUUUCAUGAAGCGGUUCCCAGUUCUAAAUGCUCCAAUCCAGGUGGGGCUCGUCGGUCUGUGCCUGGUGUUUGCAACUCCUCUGUGCUGCGCCCUUUUCCCGCAGAAAAGCUCUAUGAGUGUGAGCGGGCUGGAAGCAGAUCUGCAGGAGAGGAUACGACAAACCAAUCCCAACACCUCCACAGUCUACUUCAACAAGGGCCUGUAGGACCAGCCAACACAUCUCCAUGCACACACACAAGACAUGCAGACAACUACACAUACGUCUGUUGUCCUGUGGGCACAAGUGGGAUGGCAAUACAAAAUGUAUUUAUGUUGUUGUUUUGUGUGUAAUGCUGCAUUUAUUUGUUUAUUUGACUGCGUGGAGCUGCUCCAUUUUAACAGCAGAGAGUUAGGGCGUUGGUUGCUGAUUAACUGAAAGGCAAACAAAAUCUUUUUUUUAAAAGGAGGAUCACUGACAGUUCUCUCUGAACAUAGAUGGCACUUCUUAGAAUAGAAAAACUGACUCCUGAUUUUUUUCUAUUGUGUAGUGUGUUUUCUGUCUUCCUUUAGUCAGAGCAGUCUAGAAUGGGGCAGUUCAUGAAAGUACUGAUUUGUGUUUCACUCACCAAUAGGUCAUGUUGCAUUCGGGUUCACGCGAGUUUGAAGCCCUUAAGUAAA